AGCUCGUUCACACUGGUAUGCCAGGUACCAAGAGUAAGAUCACUGAAGGCAGUAAAAUUGAAAUUGGAAGACUGUCAGCCAAGAAAGACCUACUAGAGGAAGCAGAGGAUGGAAAAUAAAGUGAAGCAGUGUUUUGUUGUGUGUAUUUCAGCAGGCCUUCUGCAGUUCAACUAAAAACAUGACUGCUCUUUCUUCCGGGAACUGCUCUUUUCAGUACCAGUUACGUCAAGCAAAUCGGUCCCUAGAUGGUAACUGUCUGCUAUUCUUGAUAAUACUUGGGAAAGUAUUACUAAAUACCCUCACACUAGGAAUGAGAAGAAAAAACACCUGUCACAAUUUUAUGGAGUAUUUUUGCUUUUCACUAGCAUUCAUUGAUUUUUUACUUCUAGUAAACAUUUCCAUUAUAUACUACUACAGAGAUUUUGUACUUUUAGGCGUUAGGUUUACUAAAUACCACAUCUGCCUAUUUACUCAAAUUAUUUCAUUUACUUACGGUUUUUUGCAUUAUCCGGUUUUCCUGAUAGCUUGUAUAGAUUACUACCUGAAUUUCUCUAAAACUCCAAAGCUUGCAUUGAAAUGCAAAAAAAUAUUUUAUUUCUUUACAGUAAUUUUAAUUUGGAUUUCAGUCCUUGCUUAUGUUUUGAGGGAUCCAGGUAUCUAUCAAAGCCUGAAGGCACAGAGUGUUUAUUCUUAUCAAUGUCCUUUCUACAUUAGCAUUCAGAGUUACUGGCUGUCAUUUUCCAUGGUGAUGAUUUUAUUUAUGGCUUUUAUAACCUCUUGGUCAGAAGUGAUUGCCUUGGUGCAGGCUGUUAGGAUGACUUCCUAUAUGAAUGAGACUAUCCUGUAUUUUCCCUUUUCUUCCCAUUCUAGUUAUACUCUGAGCUCUAAGAAAGCACUCUUGCCCAAGUUCAUUAUCUGUUUUCUCGGUACCUGGCUACCAUUUGUACUACUUCAAGUAAUUAUCCUUCUACUUAAAGUACAGAUUCCAGCAUAUAUUGAGAUGAACAUUCCGUGGUUGUACUUUGUCAAUAGUUUUCUCAUUGCCACAGUUUACUGGUUUAAUUGUCACAAGCUUAAUUUGAGAGAUGUUGCAUUACCUGCGGAUCCUUUCGUCAACUGGAAAUGCUGCUUCAUUCCACUUACAAUUCAUAAUCUUGAGCAAAUUGAAAAGCCUAUAUCAAUAAUAAUUUGUUAACGUUGCCAUGUGAGAACUAAUUCAAACUGACAACUACAAUAAGAAUCAUAAUUUUACAAAUGGGAAAGAAUGAUGACUCAGGACAUACUAAGAUUGAACUGAAACCGCCCCCCACCCCAUGCCUCCAGCCCCAACUUUCAUACCUUUUCACAAUGUGUCUUUUGGGACUAUGGUAUUAAAAACAAAAUAAUUCCAAGAAAAAUGUUUAUGCCUGUUCUGGAACACUGCAUGUUGCAAAUACUAAUUUAGCAAAGAAGUGAAACGAGUUAAUAUUUGGCCAGUAAUACUGAUCUGUGUUACCCAAAAAAUUACUGGAUGCAAACUGUUAUGUAAAUCUGAGAUUCACUGCCAGUAACAUACAAAUGUAACUAAACACUUUUAUUAAAUUCAGAGCAAGAAAAUCAA